UCCAGCAGAAGGAAGAAAGGAAUAUGGCCGGAUUUUGACGUGUCGUUCAGUCGUUCUCAACUGUGAUUUUGUUGUCCCCUUCCCUAAACUCAUCAUCGCCAUGAAUCUCAUCUCUAUGUAAUUCUUAUUGUUUUUGUGAUUUCUCCGUUCUAAUUGAGUGACGUGAAAUAAGGGAUUUUCCACUUAACCUUGCACAAUCUCAGCUGUAUUACUAAGUCUCAAUACCUUGCUGAACAGUCACGCUUCAGUAUUAAUCGCGCCGUUUUCAUCUAUCCCCUUUUGUGAUAAAUUAAAAAAAAAACAAACAAAAAAAAACAUGUCUCUUGAAAAGAGUCUCAACUUGGACAAUGAAGAGUCUCCCGCUGGAGUGGUCAGACUCUUAAAACAGAUGUCUGAGCCUAGUGAUUUCAAUAGCAGCAUCAAUAAUGUUCAGUCUGGUGUGGUGAUUUCUCGACAGAGCUCCAGCAAGUCUCUGGGACAUUCUUCAACAGCAGAUUCCAGCUUUGACAGCAUCUCCCCCGAACCUCUUAGUCUAGAAAGCAGCGAAGAACAAACGUCGCCUAUACGGAAUCGUAUCCGUCGGAGCGAAACUCUGCCCCCAAUCAUCUGCAGAUCCGAAGGGGAUUCGGCUGAAAUUCCGAAUGGAAACAUGGCGACAACCGGAUUGGACCAUGGUGGAGGAUCUUCUCAUCUCACAUCGCCGGAACGAUUGGCUCCCGCACUUUCCUACCCUUGUCUGUUUACGGCCACGACGUCGACGUCGGGAAAUUUAUCGACGACCACAACGGCCACGUCCGGCCUCUCCAACUCUUUGCUCUCUUCUUCACCAAACUUGGCCGGUGCGACAGUGGAAGGAACAGCAACAACACCGUCUUCAUUAUCAUCGUCGUCGUCAUCCAACAACAAUUCCUCGUCAUCGGAGACGACGGAAGCGAUUGGACCAUCACCAUUGGCCCCGGCUUUUUCAUCCUCGUCCCCCCUGAACAGCAGCAACAGCACCGGCUGUUGCAAUGGCUCCAUGGCGGACCAUGAAAUGAAUCCUUUAGUUUCUUCCCCGUCGCCGAUCCCCGGCGGUCAUCAGAGACCGUCCAGGUCCCGUAGUCCAUCCAGCCCGUCGCCUACCCGACGGAACGAUGAAUCUUCUAGUAGAGAAGCUAGUCUUGAGAAAGCCUCCAGUAGUGCGGCCAUUGCCGCUGCUGCUGGAGUAAUAGGAGUUGGUAUUAGUAGUGGAGGUGAUGUUUCGCUGGAUCAGAUUUCCGUCGAAGGGGGUGAAUCUGGAAGCGCUGGAUCGAUGCGAUCCUUUGAACAUUUGCCGAGAAAUACGCCCAGUGGUCCGGAAAGUAUUAACGGUAGCAAGCAGGGUCGUAGUGGCGGAAGGAAAAAGUCUGCCUGGUACCAAAUGUUGAAUCCGACGUACCGCUCCCGUUGCGAGGAUUUCAAAAGGAUUUUCAAAGAUUUGCCGGUCGACGAGCGAUUGAUUGUCGAUUAUUCAUGCGCCCUGCAACGCGACAUUUUACUGCAGGGUCGCAUUUAUGUGACGCAGAAUUACCUCUGCUUCUACGCGAACAUUUUCCGCUGGGAGACGCUGGUGCAACUCCGAUGGAAAGAAGUGUCUUCACUGACAAAAGAAAAGACUGCCCUGGUGAUCCCCAAUGCAAUCCAGAUCUGCACCGAGGCGGAUAAGCAUUUUUUCUGUUCUUUUGGGGCGCGUGACAAAACCUACGUUGUCCUCUUCAGAACUUGGCAGCAGGCUCUUCUCGAUCAGCCGUUAGGCAAUCAGGAAUUGUGGAAGUUCGUCCAUUCUGUCUACGGCACUGAGUUGGGGUUCAGCAGCAACGACGAGGCCGGAACUUCUUCGUCCAUCGUCUGCGGAGUCAGCGCUUCCGCCGGCGAGGCCUCUCCUCUAUCGGAAAUCAACCAAGUCCAGCCGUCUAUUUCUUUGCAGCAGCUCAGCUCGCCCAGUCCAUCGCUUCAUUCAGCCCAGACGUCCAACGACGACGACAGUGGCAACGUCCUCCACCAGCCCAUCAGCCACAACGCCAUCCGAAAUCGGCACCAUCAUUACAGUCGACGCCUUCAGCUGCCGGGUGACGGAACGGGAUCCGAUUGGAGAGAGUCGCUCGGCAUCAGCAGCGGUGCCAGUGGUGGUAACAGCGUCGCCGGAGUGGGCGGAUUAGUGGCAGUGACGGAAAGAGGAGGAGGACCGACUGGAAUCAUCUUGAAGGACAACAUGCCGUCAGCUGGCGGAGGUGGUGGAACGGGCGAUGCCGAUGUUCCCCCGCCUUACAGCGAAACGACCGAGUCGGAAGAUGAGCGUUACAUGAAUGACGAGGCCGUCCAGUGUCCCGUCUUGCACGAAGGCCGCGAAAUGGUUAACAUGGUCAUGCCCAUGAGCGUCGACGAGCUCUUUACUCUUCUCUUCACCAAUUCCACGUUUUACAUUGAUUUCAUCACCACAACUCGCAAGUGCACAGAUUUAGAUGUGAGCCCAUGGCAGGAAGGCGAGACGAAUCCAGCGGAGAAAUUCCGCAAGGUUGCCUUUACUAUUCCGCUGAGUAACAACAUUGGAGUCAAAAGUACACGGGCGGUUGAGAGUCAGACAUUAUUGGAUGUAAGCCGACCGGGCGAUUUUUACGCGAUCGAUGUGGAAGCCUCAAACAGUGGAAUUCCGUACGCCGAAACGUUUGCCGUCUGCUGCCAUUGGUGUCUGAUGCGAUCGGGUUACAGAAAGUCGCGUCUCGUCAUUUACUCGCAAAUCAAAUACAAGAAGUCCGUAUGGGGAAUCGUCAAAACUUUUAUCGAGAAAAAUGCUUGGGCUGCUCUUGAGGAGAAUUUUGACCAAAUGAAACGGAGCUUAUUGUCAAUGCAAUCAUCGAGAGACGCCGAAGAUGUCAGGAUCGAAAGACGUGCCGAGUUGCCCUCGUCGUCGGGCACAGGAUCCGGCGGAGCCAUGGGCGUUGGUGGGCCAAUGAGUAGCGGUGGUCCGUUAAAGAAGAGACACCACUCAAGAGCCAACAGGAGGCGCAAGGAGGGAAUGAUUGACAAUGGAUUGAUGGAGAAACGAUCGAAGGAGUCACCUCGGUCGUCCAGAAGCGUCAAACAAUCGGGAACUGGCGCUGGUGGCGGAUCUGGCAGUCUAGGGGUUGUACGCCACAGUAAAAUGGCGGCCUCCUCUUCUUCUUCCUCACCGACUCCAUCUUCGUCAGGAUCGACGCCACCUGGUGGUUGCAGCGCUGUUUUCUAUGUCGUUUUAGUUUCGCUGGUUCUUUUGCUCUGCACCAACGGGUUCCUCUUCUCCAAGAUUUGGGCAUUGGAACAAUUGGCCGAGGAACUUGCCCGUCAUCCGCCAUCUUGCCUUUCGGCCGCCAACAUGGCCGACCUUCGUGUAUUAACAGCCCAGCCGAAAUCACCGGAAGAAUGGAUGCGGAUAUUGCGGCAACAAGAGACGCUUUAUCGAUCGACCGAGUCGAAAUGGCGGUCGACUCUGUCGGCCAUGAGCGGUUACUUGAAGCAAACUCAAGAAUCGCUGACGAACCUUGAAAGAGAAAUGGAACCCGAUUCCGAUUUGAUCCGCGCCAUUUUAGAGAAAAUCCAACCACCUGCCUCCUCUUCUCCUUCGCCCGUUCCUCCCGUUAAAUACCAUCCACCUCGAUCGACUCCUGCGACUGACGGCGACGAUCCUACCGAUCCGCCCAGUUAACCCUAGGGAAAAACAAUUAUUCAAUCAUCACUUUAAAAAUCCUAUUCCAUUUGUGACCACCUUUUAAAAGUUUCCUCUUACACACACACACACACAAUUCACACACGUGCACACACACACAAACAAACAAAAAAAAAAAAAAACGGGCAGGAUCCCCCCUGUUAAGUUUUCAUUCUUAUACUAUUAUAAUUAUUCUUAAAAAGAUUACAAAAAAUAUAUAUUAUAUUCAAAAAUUAGGUGAAAAAGAAACAAAAAUAAGAAAAUGUGUGUGUGGCCCACGGCGUAGCUGCCCAACCCCCCAUGUUUAAAACUAUUCCAAAAAAAGAGAUAAGAUGUGGUAUUGUUAACUGCGAUAAACCCCUUCUUCCCCCGAACACUCCUCCCUUUUGUGAAGAGAAGGAAAAAGUCUUGUUAUUUGUCAUAUCAUCUUAUUUGGCGGCUACAUAUAAAAACAAACCUCGGUUAUCUUUAAUUAGAUUGAAGGCACCCUUUGUUGUUUAUAGAUACUUGGCCCACUUGUGUUUCAUACAUAUAAAUAAUUGUGUAUAGGAAGAGCCGAGAAGAAAGUGAAUUCACCCAGUCAAGAUGAUGAAGAAGGUAAAAAAAAAGUCCUGAUGAUUGUGUGUGUUAUAUACUAUUAUUUCUUGUCAUGUAAUUUGAUUGUUUCGUCUAUCAUCGAAAAUAAUAUCUAAUAGGAAAUGGAA